AUGCGCCUAAAAGAAUAUUUUUUCGACAAACCUAACUCCAAUCCGAAUCCCUUUAAACCAACUUCUGAUUUCACACCCGAUGCCAACCGCGACAAAGCCCUGGACAUGUACAUCAAGGCUGUUCAAAGGGAUGUACUUGACGCAUACAACAAUUCAUCUAACCGCAAAACUAAACCAAAUUUAACAGCAGCUGAGCAGCGCAGCCUCUCCGACUUACAGAACUGUGGCGAUAUCAUUAUCAAAAGGGCAAACAAGGGAGGUGCAAUCGUAGUGAUGAACAAAGAGGACUACCUUAACGAGGGCUUCCGACCGCUGGGCUGUAACACGUUCUAUGAGCCGCUUGACAGUGAUCCAACAAAUAAGAUAGCUGCCGAAAUCACAAAAACCCUAAAAUCCCUAAAAGCGCGUGAAAUAAUCGACUCCUGCCUAUAUGAAUUUCUAGCUCCCCACAAUCCUAAACCAGGCAGGUUCUACAUGCUACCGAAAAUCCAUAAACCAGGAAACCCAAGGCGACUUAUAGUUUCCUCAAUCGGCACCGCAACGGAGAAAAUUUCUAGCUUCGUUGACCACCUCCUUAAAGAUAUACCUCCCCGAUUACCCUCAUAUAUUAAAGACACCAACCAUUUCCUCGAAAUACUUAGCAAAUGUGAACCACCCAAUGCAAGCUUGCUUGUAACGCAAGACGUGACCUCCCUUUACACUAACAUCCCACAUGAGGAUGGCGUGCUAGCAGCGGAGGCAGCGUAUCUGAAGUACUCCGAUCGCGCGGUUGACCCAUCUGUAUUACCAGCGCUACUCAACUUGAUCCUCAAAAAUAAUAACUUCGAAUUUGACGGCCGCCAGUAUCUACAAAUAAAUGGCACAGCUAUGGGAGCUAAGAUGGCACCAACGUACGCAAAUAUUUUCAUGGGUGCACUACAGGACAAAUUUCGAGCCGUGCGCGACAAAAAACCUAGUCUAUACAAACGCUUCCUGGACGACAUAUUCAUGGUUUGGCCACAUUCCGAAGAAGAUCUCAGAGGAUUCAUUAGCGAUUUCGGCCUGGUACACCCCGCCAUCAAGUUCACCCACUCCUUCUCGGCAACGACUGUUAAUUUCCUAGAUGUAAAAGUAACCUUAACCGAGAAGAACCACUGA